GGGUACAAUUUAAAUAUUUUUGAGGCAACAAAAGAUUCAGGAUGUUAGCGUUACAACUAAUUCUUGCGUUCAGUGUGGCUGUUGGCUAUGUUGAUAUGGGUUUACCACCAUCAGUACCACCACUGCAACCAUCUAUUCCACCAAUAGAUGAAGGAUGUCUGCCAAAUAUGGAUUGUGAAACAACUUACCAGAUGGCAGUUAUAAGUGGUGAUCCAUGUCAGGCGGCUAAAGCAUUCAAAACAUGCGCUGAAGCAUCCGAGAGUCUUUGUACUGGACCAAUACCAUCAUUAGUUUCAGCUUUUACAGAAGGAGCAGCUAAAGCUGUUGCAGAUAAUUGUAAUGAGGUUUUAGAAAACUUACCAUCAUGUGCUUCCAUCUGUGUACCAUAUGAAGAAAGGGCAAUUGGUGACUGGGCUGAUAAUAAACAAGAUGAAGGUUGUGAGCAAUAUCUGUUAUACAGAUCGUGUUUACAGAACUUUGAAGAUUCCCCUUCUGCCAACUGUAAAGUGACAAAUAUCCUGUCUAAAGCUCUCGUCACUCACAACCAGAAAUGUCCAAGAACAUGUCCUGAAUAUUAUGAUGAUUGUGAAACAAAUCUUCCAAAACUAGCUGCUGAUGGAAAAAAAUUAGAAGAAACAUGUUUACUGUGGUCUGCGUGUAAUGGGUAUGACUUUACAGUAUGUCAAAAGACUCUGACUGUUAGCUACGAUACUGAAUGUGCAAAUGUGACAUUACUUCCCAGUAUAGACAAAGAUAACAAUGGAGUGUCAAUAAUUACCAGUAGUAUGGGAAUGGUAAUUGGCACGAUUGGUGUACUGUUACUGUUGAUAAAAUAAUCCACACAGUUUGAUUUUGGACUAAUAUUGUUAAAGAGUAUGAAGCUUUAAUGCUGAAAAUUAAUGGUUUUAGUCUUAAUUAAUUAAAUACAUGUACAUUUAUAAUUGUUUGGCGGUAUUCGCCAAAUACAUUUUCUCUGUAGUGUAAACAUUUGAAGUAGCAUGACGCAUCCGUCGAACACCAGUAGCCUAAACCAAGCUGCUGGGGAAAAAAAUAAUUUCUAGCUUCGAAUGCCGCUUUCUGCUUUACUACCUUUGACACUUUACAUAUCAUCCUAUUUUUUUUUUAUUUAUUUAUUCUAAGAAAAAUUACAUUCAUGGCAUUUGGAGAAGAUAUAGUUUGGGAACCGAACAGAAAAGCAUAAAAGACAAUCGAAAUACAUAGAAAUAUGAAAUGAUCGAAGUCAUGAUAAAAUUGUACAUAUUUGAAAAAUAGUAUUUCAGUACAAGUUAUUUCCCUUGAAAUAAAAUUUCAUAAUAUCUGUU